AUGGUUUUCUUCAAGUCGGACUUCCCCGAGGUGCCCCCUCUGCCGGACAUCAAUGUGCACGACUUCAUGUUCACGCUCCCCGGGCGCACGCCCGAGAAGGACUAUGUGCUGCACGUAGACGGCAUCUCCGGGAAGAAAGUGUUCAGGAGCGAGUUCCUAGAGCGCGUCCGAGACGGUGCGACGGCGCUCAGUGCGCCGGAGUCUUCGGGCGGAUUUGGAAUCAACGCUCCGGACGGCGAAAUUGUCGGGAUUCUCAGUCAUAAUGCCCUGGAUUAUGUGACCCUGGUCCACUCGCUCCUGUACAUCGCCACUCCAUUCGCGCUGCUUUCGGCGCACUCCACAGCGUUUGAACUCACGCACGGGUUGCGCACUGCGGACGUGACACGCUUGUUUGUCCAGCCGCGGCUCCUCCAGACGGCAUUGCAAGCGGCCAAAGAAGUGGGCCUGCCAGAGGACCGUAUAUAUAUAUUGGGCGGGUCGUCGUCUGGAAGAAAGAACUUCAGUGAAGCGAUCGGUGAUGUUAGUGCGCGCAGAAUCCCCCGAACUCCUGUGCGGCCUGCGAAGAGGGACACGCUCGCCUAUCUCGUAUUUUCCAGCGGGACCACAGGACUGCCAAAAGCUGUGAUGAUCUCGCAUGGGAAUAUUAAUUUCACCCUCGCGCAAACCGCCACUGUGGCAACGGUGGAUCCUCGCCCCGAGACUACACCGGUCGCGCUGGCAUUCUUACCGAUGUACCACACCUACGGUUUGCAUAUGUUCUGCUUCCGCGGGUUCUUAGCUCCCCUUACCACCGUCAUCGUCCCAAAGUGGGACAUCGAUCUCAUCCUGAAAGUGAUACGAGAAUAUCGUAUCAACAUUCUCUACCUGAUCCCCUCAGCCGUGCACCAGCUGGUGCAGAAUAAGAAUCUCCGCCAGGAGAUAUUCUCCUCCGUGACAACAAUUGUGUCGGGCGCCGCGCACCUGCCACCAGAGCUUGUCGACAAGUUCCGGCACACGCUUGGUCAACCAGUCGAGUACUCAGAAGGCUUCGGCAUGUCAGAACUGACUAUCAGUGCCACCCGCGUACCGACCGUCAGUUUGUUCGAUGGCCGCAUACCACAUGUUCCGGGCUCAGUAGGAAUAUUGUUGCCGGGAAUGGAGGGGCGCAUUGUACGCGACGACGGCUCGGACGCGCCUGUGGGCGAGUCGGGCGAGUUGUGGCUAAGGGGCGGUAACGUCACUCUGGGCUACUGGAAGAAUGAGGCGGCGACGCGCGCAACAUUUGUCGAGGACGGCUGGCUCAAGACGGGGGAUCAUUUCCGGGUGGACGAGCUGGGCAGGCUAUUUGCUCUACAGGAUACACUGAAGGUGUCCGGGGCGCAAGUGUCACCGACCGAGAUCGAAUCGGUGCUCACGGCUCAUCCACACAAACUUGUGGUGGACGCAUGUGUCGGCGGCGUGUCAGGCGGGAGGACCGCGGACGAGCGGGUGCCGCGUGCUUGGGUGGUGCUGAGCGAUGAAGGCCGAAAGCGCGGGACCGCUCAAGUGUUGCAGGAAUUGGAGGCGUGGGCUAGAAAGAACCUGAGCUCGUACAAGUGGCUGCGGGGCGGCAUCGAGGCAAUUCAUGAGAUACCGAAAUCACCGACGGGCAAGGUCCUCCGCCGCAAGCUGCAAGACCAGUAUGAGGAACAGCGGCUAAAGAGUAUCACCGCGAGGUUGUGA